GAAGAAGAAUUAUAUAUAGUUUUCUUUUGCUCUUGUUUACAAUACGUUUCCGUAGAAUCUUGGUAAAAUUGUCGACAAUCUUUAGAAUUUCAAGGAAACUUCAAAUCUUAAAAUGGCAUCAGGCUUGGAAGCCUAUAUAAAUCAUACAGUGUCUAUAAUAACUGCGGAUGGACGCAAUUUUAUUGGCACGCUUAAAGGAUUCGAUCAAACAAUAAAUGUGAUACUGGACGAGUCCCAUGAGCGAGUCUUUUCCACAACAUCGGGAAUCGAACAGAUAGUUCUAGGAUUACAUAUUAUACGCGGAGAUAAUAUCGCAGUGAUUGGACUAAUCGAUGAUCAGAUUGAUGCACGUCUUGACUUAGGUAAUAUUCGUGGGGAGCCUCUAGGUCCAGUAGUACAUUAGGUCAUUAAUUUUACAAAAGAAUAAACAAAUGGAUGGAGUAUGAA